GGCGUCAUGGCAGGGCGGCGGCGGCGCGCGGCGCGCUGCGCGGGGGGAGGGAGCGGGUCACCAUCAUGGCGGCUUCCAUUUCGGGCUAUACGUUCAGCUCCCUGUGUUACCACAGCAGUAACAGCGACUCGGAUCACGAAGGUUUCCUGCUGGGGGAAGUGAGACAGGAGGAGUCUUUCUCUAUAAGUGAUUCUCAGAUCAGUAACACAGAACUGCUCCAAGUUAUAGAGAUCCAUAGGCAUGAACCAUGUACAAAACUUUUCAGUUUCUACGAUUACGCUGGCACAGUCAAUGAGGAAAGUCUUGAUCGAAUUCUCAAGGACAGACGGAAAAACGUGAUUGGCUGGUACAAGUUUCGGAGGAACACCCAGCAGCAGAUGUCCUAUAGAGAACAAAUUUUGCACAAACAGCUGACUCACCUCCUUGGGGUGCCUGACCUCGUCUUCCUGCUCAUCAGCUUCAUUUCCACUGCCAACACCUCCACUCAUGCCUUGGAAUAUGUGCUUUUUAGGCCUAAUCGCAAGUUUAACCAGAGAGUCUCUCUUACAAUUCCCAACUUGGGCACAACCAGUCAGCAGGAAUAUAAAGUAACAUCAGUGCCAAACACCUCUCAGAACUAUGCCAAAGUGAUCAAAGAACAUGGUACCAAUUUUUUUGAUAAAGAUGGUGUAAUGAAGGACAUCCGAUUAAUUUAUCAGGUUUACAAUGCUUUACAGGAGAAGGUGCAGGCGGUGUGUGAAGAGGUAGAGAAGAGUGAGAGGGUUGUGGAGUCUCACCAGGCAGAAGUAGACGAGUUGCGAGCUCAGAUUUGCAAGAGGAAGGCGGAAAAACUUUGCAGGGAAAAUCUGCGCCAGUCCAUGCUAAUCCAGACAGAAGUGCCUGCAGAGAGUAUGGGAACAUCUGGGGACUGUGUAGGCACCACCUCUAGGCCACAAGAACUUCUUCCUCCUGCCUACUCAGAAGAGAGUAUCAGUGCAGACGAUGGUGUGGACAGCACACCCGACAUGCCAAGGCCGCAGGCUGUGGGGUCCUCUUGCCAUCUCCUCCAAGAGGUGAAAGACCACAUGGCAGUAGCCUCUAAGACACCCGUGAAUGAAGACACAGAUGAAUCACAAAGCGAAUAUCAAAAGUCACAGCACCGUUCAGAGUCCCCUGACAGUGAGAUGGCAGAGGAGCAGCCUUACCAUCCUGCCACUUCACAGCCAGACGGAGAGCUGGCACAGCACUGACUGUCUCCCUCAUGGCUAAAACCCGUACUUGGGAUUCUGGCGGGGGAACGUGGAAUGUAAGCAAUGUGGAGCUGGAAAGGAGUCUCUCAGCUGCCUAUGUGUGGGUCUUUUACUCCCGUCAGCUUCCAGUACUCGCUGAUCUCUGCGGAGCUGACGGAGUACACUGAGCUGCUUGUUGUAUAUCUCAUGUAUAUUUUGAGCCAGUACUUUCAACCUCAUGAAGGCAUUGUGUAGAUUAAAGGGAUUAUUAGGUUAACAAGGGAGGCGGGAUAUCCAGCAGGUCACAGCCUGUGGUUUAUUUUAUUUUUAUUUUUUUUAUUAUUAUUUGCUUGAAAUUUUUUCUAAAGAUAUUUAAAACCUCAACUGCCAAAUGGAUAUUAUCCAGUGCAGUCAUAGGGGGGUGGAUUUAUUGUCACUGACCAUUCACUAUAUAUUUAUCCCUUCCCCCUCUCCGGUUCUCUGUUUGCUCUGCAUCGCAACUUCAAAUUCUACUAAAUUGCACAUUCUAGCUCUCAGUCCCUCUUCUUUUGUAUAGAUGUGGGAUUUUCUAGGGGCCUUUUAUAUCCCCCUAACGAGUCAAGCAUUCUAUUUGAACAUAUCACUGCUUACUGUGGGUGCUGCAAGAACCACCUCUCCCUCAUAUACAACCUUUUAACCAACCUCAUCAUUUAACCACUGUCAAAGCUGUGAAAGCUAAAGUGUCCGCACAUUUAGGAGACGCGUUUCGCUUGGAAGUCAGGCUGGACAGUUCUGUGGGCUGCAGAUCCUGACCCCGCACAAGCUUUUAGGACACUCUGCAAGCAGCUUUUCCCUCAUGCGAUAGCUAGCACAUGGUCAUGUGACUCUGUCGCACGGACAAUGGAUCUGUUGAUGAGCUGCAUAGCACUUCAAUCACCGUCUAAUUUAUUCCCCACAUGAAAGCAUUAAUAUUCGCUACAACUUCUUACCCUCUAAACUUCUGUGACGUGACAGCAAGUACAGUGGUUUUAAUUGUUUAUAAUUAGCUGCACUUUUUUUUUUGUUUUGUUUUAAUUAAUUUACUAAAUCGAUAAAAAUGCCCCUUGAAUCUUUGAAAGCGGCAACUAAUACUGUGGACUGAGGUUGCUCGAUCCUUGAAACGGACAAAACAAGUACAGGAAUGGAUAUAGUGGGGGAAUGGGGUCACUGCUGGCUAUUUCGCUGAACUAUAUUCUGCUGGCCUGUCGAGCUGGCCAUGAAGAUGUCACGUUUACUGCCGAUUAUUACGUCUGCCGGGAAAUCUAACGGAAAACCUGUGUUAGUGUCUGAACGGUGCGCACAGUUUCAGCCUUAAGACUGGUACAAAUCAAAUAUAAUAAACGUGCUUUAGUUUAUCGAACCUUA